UCCGAACCAAAAGGCAGCAGUUGCCUGUACCUGAGUCCGUGCGAGCACCAUGGCUUCGUCCACCACCGCCGCCGGCCGCCAUUUUUGCUUCCUUCUCGCGCUUCUCCUCCUCUCCGCCACCGCCCACGGGCAGCUCUCGAAGACGUUCUACGCCGCGAGCUGCCCGCCGCUGGAUCAAAUCGUUAGGGACGAGGUGUCCCGCGCCUUGUUCAGGGACCCGCCGCCCCUCGGCGGGCGCCGGAUGGGCGCCUCCCUCCUCCGGCUCUUCUUCCACGACUGCUUCGUGCAGGGCUGCGACGCCUCGGUUCUCCUGGACGUGGACGUGACCAAGGGCAUACUCCUCAGCGAGAAGGAUGCCGGGCCCAACGCCAACUCCCUCCGCGGCUUCGAGGUCGUCGACGCCAUCAAGUCCCAGGUCGAGGCCGCCUGCCCCGGCGUUGUCUCCUGCGCUGACAUCCUCGCCCUCGCCACCCGGGAAGCCGUCGUUGCCCUCAACGGAACGACAUGGCCGUUGCUGCUAGGCCGGCGCGACUCCAGGACGGCGAACCAGAGCCAAGCGAACAGCGACCUCCCGUCGCCGGGCUCCAACCUCGACACGCUCAUCGCGGCGUUCGCCAGGAAGGGCUUCACCGCGACGGAGCUGGUGGCGCUCUCCGGCGCGCACACCGUCGGCCUGGCGCACUGCGUGAACGUCGACCAGAGCCAGAUGCAGAGGUGCCGGGUGCCCACCGCGGACGGCCUCAUGGCGGCGCUCGAUGACCAGACGCCCGAGAGGUUUGACAGCGCCUACUACGACAAGCUGGGCAAGCGCGGCCUGCUGCGCUCCGACCGGGUGCUCACGAGCCGCCCCGACCUGGACGCGCAAGUGCGGAGCUACAGCGCGAGCGAGGCCGCCUUCUUCGCCGACUUCGCCAGCGCGAUGAAGAAGAUGUCGGAGGUGGGCGUCCUCACCGGAGCCAAUGGCGAGGUCAGGGCCUACUGCAGGAGGAUCAACUAGCUGUAUGCUGCCGUGAACCGGCGGUAUGCUGCAUGCGAUAUACACAAUCAUCUGGUGUUCGAGCCUAUCAUCAUUCAUGCAUGUCUUUCUUUUUUGUCUAAAUCGAUCGGUGGUCUCUGAUUAAGGUUGGUUUUGUGGGUGUGCAACGUUUUGUUUCUUCCUUUUCAUGAAAACUAGCAAGGUCACCCGUGCAAAUAACGUGGGUAGCUAGUUGUUUUCCAUACUAACGUUUGGCAAAAAAAAAAAUGUUACCCUUGGGGCUGACUUCUGGAGUGAGGAAGACAAAAUCACUGCCGAGGAGAAUGAGCUGUUGGAGGCUCCUUUCUCUGUUAAAGAAAUCAAGGAAGCAGUUUUUCAUCUUA